AUGACGAACACCACCAAACCCAAAGUCUACUUCGUCAACCCCUACCACCAAGACGCCAUCAAACUCUCCCAAGACUCCCCGCAAGUCGACACCGUCGUCCUCAGCACCCCCUCGGGCUGGCACGCCGACGCCAACGGCAUCCUCCUGCGCUCCGAAACAAGAAUCACAAAGGACGAUAUUGCCCAGGCCAAGAGCCUCAAAGUCAUCGUCAAGCAGGGCGUCGGCGUCGACAACAUCGACAUCGCAGCCGCCAAGGACGCCGGCGUCAUCGUCUGCAAUACGCCUGCGAUGAACAGCGAAUCUGUCGCGGAGCUGACCAUCACCCUCGCUCUGACGAUCGCCAGGAGGGUCGUUGAGAUCGAUCGACUCCUCAAGCGAGGGGAGAAACUCGUGCGCUCGAAACUCCUAGGCCAGUCGCUCUUCGAGAAGACGAUCGGCAUCAUCGGGAUGGGCGCCAUCGGGAAGUCUGUCGCGCAGAAAUGGAUCGGGGCCAUGAACGGCAAAGUCAUCGCCUACGACCCCUUCGCUCCGGAGGGAGCGUGGAGCGAUAUCAAGCAUCAGCGGGUGACGGAGCUGGACGCCCUGCUGAAGGACUCGGAUGUCAUUACUUUGCACGUACCUUUGACGGAUGGGACGAAGGGCAUGAUCGGGAAGCGAGAGUUCAAGUUGGUGAAGAACAAUGCCAUCUUGUUGAAUGCCGCGAGGGGUGGUAUUGUAGAUGAGGAUGCUUUGCUGGAAGCGUUGGAGACGAAGCAGAUUUUUGGCGCGGCGUUGGAUGCUCAGAAUGUGGAGCCGCCGUCGUUGGAGAAGCAUAAGAAGCAUUUGGAGCAAGAUAAUUUGAUUUUGACGCCGCAUGUUGGGGCUAGUACGGAGGAGAACCAGAGCAAUAGCGGCAAGUUCGCGGUGCAGACGAUCUUGGAUGUUUUGGCUGGGAAGGAGGUACCUAAUCGAGUGGCGUAG